GCAGAGGUCAGAGGGUGACGGCGGCGCGCUCAGAUCUGCAGCAGCACGCAAGCCUCGCGAGGACGACCAGGCUUCACCUCGCCCUCCUGCCGUGGACGCCUGGAUGCGCAUCUUUGACAAACACUCCUCGCCCUCACCUCCCACCACCACCACCACCACCACUCCAACAUGACAGCCGUGCCCUCCGUCGCCAUGGAGACCAGCAACAACACGGCGCAGGUGAGUCCACCUGGAGGCCUCUCGGAGAACGACAGCGGCGUGGAGCUCACCAACGACCUCAGCCCGCUGACUCCCGCCGAGCCGCCGUCGCCCUUCAGCCCCGCCCCCUCCCCUCCAGAUGGCCAGGUGUGCUUGGAAGGAGGCGGAGCCAGGAGCAGGAAGGAGGAGGAGUCCUGCAGCAAAGACAAGUCCCAGCUGGCGUUGAGACAGAGGCCACGCCCCCGAAGCAUCUUCCAGGCCGGCCUCACGCCGCACGCCAAGCGCCGCAGAAUCACGCGUAAACACAAGCGUGUCGCCGCCAACAUGUGCGGGCGAUCUUCCCAAGUGGUCUGGUCCGGCCAGGUCCCAGACCCGGCCCAGCUGGACCUGCUGGAACACGACUCCAAGGACUCGGCCCAGAGCGGCUGCAGCGGGUCCAGUUGUGAGCCGCAGAGCGAGUACAACGAUAAGAAGGGCUUCAAGAUGGGCCAGCUGGUGUGGGGGAAGAUCAAGGGCUUCUCCUGGUGGCCAGGCAUGGUGGUGACGUGGCGCGCCGCCGGCAAGCGCCAGGCCGGCCCCGGCAUGCGGUGGCUUCAGUGGUUCGGAGACGGGAAGUUCUCCGAGGUCUCUGCAGACAAGCUGGACUCCAUCGCGGCCUUCUCCAAGUUCUUCAGCCAGGCGUCCUACACCAAGCUGGCGUCCUACCGCAGGGCCAUCUUCCAGGCUCUGGAGAUGGCCAGCAUCAGGGCAGAGAAAACCUUCCCCCCCUGCGAGUCGGACAAUCCCGACGACCAGGUCCGACCCAUGCUGGACUGGGCACACGGCGGCUUCCUGCCUAAAGGCCAGGAGGGACUCAAACCCACGCACAGUGCAGACAGCAGCCCCUUAGGCCUGCAAGUCCUGGACAUGUCCUUACCAGAGUACCUCCCCAGUGCCAAGCGUCCCAGGAUCAGCGUGUGCAAGACCAAGGACGCCCCGGAGGAAUCCUACAGCAGAGAACAAAUGGUCAAUGAAGUGCUGAAAAACAACAGAAGUAUUGAAGAGUUCUGCCUGUCCUGUGGCAAGAUGAGGGCAGCAAGCUUCCAUCCACUCUUUGAAGGAGGCCUGUGUCAAACAUGCAAGGACGUGUACUUGGAGACAUCCUACAUGUACGAUGACGACGGCUACCAGUCCUACUGCACCGUCUGCUGCGGGGGGCGAGAGGUUCUGCUGUGCGGCAACGCCAACUGCUGCAGGUGUUUCUGCGUGGACUGUCUGGAUCUCCUGGUGGACCCGGGAGCUUCCAACAACGCCCGCUUCCUGGACCCGUGGCGAUGCUACAUGUGCCAGCCGCCGCUGCAGUACGGCGUCCUCAGGCGGCGGCACGACUGGAGCGUCAAACUGCAGGAGUUCUUUGGGAACGACAAAGGCCAAGAGUUUGAAACACCAAAGAUUUACCCAGCAGUCCCUGCAGAGCAGAGGCGGCCAGUCAGAGUCCUCUCCUUGUUCGACGGCAUCGCCACAGGCUACCUGGUCCUUCGAGAUCUGGGCUUCAAGGUGGACCUGUAUGUGGCGUCUGAGGUGUGCGAGGACUCCAUCUCUGUCGGCGUUGUCCGACAUGAAGGAAAGAUCCAUUACGUCCACGAUGUCCGAAACAUCACCAAGAAAGACAUUCUUGAGUGGGGCCCGUUUGACCUCGUCAUCGGGGGCAGUCCGUGCAACGACUUGUCUAUUGUCAACCCAGCAAGGAAGGGCCUCUUCGAAGGGACAGGGAGGUUGUUCUUUGAGUUCUACCGUCUGCUGAGUGAGGCCAAGCCCAAAGAGGGAGAGAACCGACCAUUCUUCUGGAUGUUUGAAAAUGUGGUCGCCAUGGGUGUCAACGACAAGAGGGACAUCUCACGAUUCCUGGAGUGUAACCCUGUGAUGAUUGACGCUAUCGAGGUCUCUGCCGCCCACCGAGCUCGAUACUUUUGGGGGAACCUGCCUGGCAUGAACAGACCUCUGUGUGCGUCCGGGAUGGACAAACUGGUGCUGCAGGACUGUCUGGAACACGGGCGAGUGGCAAAGUUUGGAAAAGUGCGCACCAUCACCACACGCUCAAACUCCAUCAAACAAGGAAAGGACCAGCACUUCCCUGUUCUGAUGAAUGGCAGGGAGGACAUCUUGUGGUGCACGGAGCUGGAGAGGAUCUUCGGCUUCCCGGUCCACUACACGGACGUCUCCAACAUGGGUCGAGGUGCUCGGCAGAAACUCCUGGGCCGGUCCUGGAGCGUUCCUGUCAUCCGGCAUCUUUUUGCCCCUCUCAAAGACUUCUUUGCCUGCGAAUAGACACCACCCAGCACAUAGACAUGCACCUCCAAUUGACAGAAAAUAGAAACCUCUUGAUAGCCACCAAUUAUCACAACUCUUCACCAGUAAAUAGGCACAACCUGAAGCACCACCCAACCCUAGAAAACCGACGCCAUCUGUGAGAAGAGACACCACCUGUUACCAGGAAAUAGACGCCACCCAUCCCCAGUAAAUAGACUCCUUAUGAUAGAUAGUGUCUUAUUGUCACCAUUUAUCAGCAGCAAAUAGAAGCUAUCUGCCACCACCCAACGAUAAAAAACAGACCAUGAAAAUAGACGCUACCCAUCCCCAGUAAAUAGACUCCUUACGAUAAAUAGUGUCUUAUUGUCACCAAUAAUCACCAGCAAAUAGAUGCCAUCCAUCACCGGGAAACCUAGAAACCUGACCGUGAUAAGUGACACUACUACCAGGAAACAGACGCCACCCUUCAUCAGUAAAUAAACGCCUACCGAUAGCGUCUAUCGGUUAGCAUCAAUUGUAAAGCAAAUAGAAGCCAUCUGCCACCAGAAAAAAAACACCACCCAACGAUAGAAACAAUAGAUGCCGUGUUAAGUGAUACCACCUGUGACCAGAAACUAGAUGCCACCCAUCACCAGUAAACAAACACCAACGAACCAUAGUAAACAGACUGUGAUAAGUGAUAUCAGCUGUAAAUAAACACCUACACAUAGCGUCCAAUUGUUACCAGUAUUCACCAGCAAAUAGACAUUAUCAAGCACCCAAAAAAAUGCAAACACUACCCAACCCUAGAAAAAUACUUGCCACCUCUCACCAGAAAGUCAACACGAGUAAUAACCAGUGACCAGACCCCUUCUGUGACUAGUCAACAACUUACUAGAACAUACUGUCAUUACCAGGAAGUAUACACCACAUUUUCUUUGUUUUGUUCCACUGUUUCUUUCAUCGUGAACUACCUAAUGUAAAUCAUUGCUGGUAAAGACCAAAGUUUACUUUGACGUCUGAGUCCAAACUUGCCUCAGAUGUUGUAGAGUUUAUGAUGACGACCUGGCAUGGAUGAUGUUUACCUCGGGUGACUCAUCAGGGAUAUUAGUAGUACAAACAAAAGUUUUUUCCAUAACUAGGAACGGUAGGGUAGCGCUACUGCUAAAAGUGUCGUAGAGUUCAGUCGGCUUGUGUUAUUAUUAGCGAUAUAGAAAAAUGCGAUGUGUUAGAUCCUCUGUCAAAAAGCUACAUUGCGUACAAAUACUUGAACUACAGCCAAAGAAAAAAAAAAAAAAGAGUCCGCACUUGCCUUUUUUUCUGCAGGUGUGUUUUGUGAUUAAGUGUCGCAGCAAACCGUUUACAGUCGUGGCUGAAAAGAAGUUAUUUUGUUGAGUGUUGGUGGGAAAGCCUGCAAGAAAAGGCCAUUUGUAUUUGUGUAAACAAGCACUGAUUUCUUUGGACAAACCUUGAUGUCAAACUGCUGGAACAUUCUUGCAGAUACUUGCGGUUCUUUACAAUAUUCGAAUGAGUGAAAGGUUGUUUUUUUUGUGGGUGCACGAGGCGGAACAUUACCUCAAGACCAGGCGUGCAGCGCUACUUUGUCCUGACACUGGAUGCGGCUGCUUUGUGUUUGAAUUCAGCCUGUUGGUUCUGACUCUGUUCAAUGUUCAAGUCAUCUCUGGUGCUUUUCCACCUGCCAGGUGACAACUUUCUCCAAAGGACCAAAAUCUGUUUACAUGUUUCAUUCAUGCAAAAAGUUUGUUAUUUUUUCGACCUGUUUUGUUUUGAUACUAUCUAUAUGUUGUUGUCCUUUUUUUAGUUGAUACUUGUAAUCCACAGUGUCUUGUAGGUUUAGCUGUUUUUUUCAGUUUACGUUACGAUUUUAUUUCCAUGUUUCCUUUUAAAUUUGUAGAAUUUUAUCCAACAUUUUUUCUUACAUUUUUGGGUCAUUCCUUGAAACUUUAAGUGUAAAAGCACUGUGUGUAUUUUGAUAGCUUUUUCUAGGAUUUGUACGCAUUAAAGGGCAAUUUAGCCGAGCUACAAAAAUG